GAACACAAGGAUUGCGUCCAGUGCCGAGCAUUUGGUACUGGUGACAAGAAAGACACGUGUGAGGAACAAUGUAACUACUUCUUUCUUGUAAUGAAGAAGAAGAAGGAGGAACUUCCUCAGCCCAACGACCAGCCCUUCAUCAAUCAUUGCAAAGAACGUGAUGCUAAUGACUGUUGGUUCUUCUUCACCUACGCUACCAAGAACGACAGCACCGUUGAGGUCCAUGUGGCGGAGGAACUUGAGUGUCCCUCUGGCCCUGACAUCAUCCCCAUAGUAGCGGGUGUGGUCGCAGGAAUCGUUCUGAUUGGUUUAGCACUU